ACAGAGAGCAGCAGGGACGAGGACGGCCAUGGCUGCCCCAAGCCAGCCCCAGAAAUCCACCUACGAUGUCAUUGUCAUCGGGGCCGGCAUUCAGGGCUCCUUCACUGCCUUCCACCUGGCCCAGCGCCACAAGGACACUCUGCUGCUGGAGCAGUUCCUCCUGCCCCACUCUCGGGGCAGCUCUCACGGGCAGAGCCGCAUCAUCCGCAGCGCCUACCCCCAGGAGUACUACUCCCGCAUGAUGCCCGACUGCUUCCGCCUCUGGCAGCAGCUGGAGGCCGAGACCGGCACCAGCCUCUACAGGCAGACCGGACUGGUGAUGCUGGGGCCGCCGGGAGAGCCGGAGCUGGAGGCCUGCAGGAGGAACCUGGGUGUUGACGAAGUCCUUGACGCAGCGGCGCUGUCCCGGCGCUUCCCGGGCUUCCGGCUGCAAGCCGGGCAGGUGGCCGUGCUGGACAGCACCGCCGGGGUGCUCUUCGCUGACCGGGCACUGCGGGCAGUGCAGGAGGUUUUUCGCCGACAUGGAGGAACCCUGCGGGACGGGGAGAAGGUGCUGAGCAUCCAGCCUGGGGCCACGGUCACUGUCACCACCACUGCUGGGGUGUACAAAGCCCCCCGGCUCAUCAUCACCACCGGAGCCUGGACUGGUGCCUUUGUGGAACAGCUGGGUCUCCGCCUGCCACUGCAGCCCCUGCGCAUCAAUGUCUGCUACUGGAGGGAGAAGCAGCCUGGGAGUGCUGGCUUGGGCAGUGUCAGCCCCUGCUUCUUGACCCUGGGGCUGAGCCAAGCCCCCCACGGCAUCUACGGGCUGCCCUCCAUUGAGUACCCAGGUCUGAUGAAGGUGUGCCACCACCAUGGCAGCCCCACAGACCCAGAGAAGCGGGAUCAGGUCCCCUCGAGUGCCCCCCGCCCUGACAUCGCCGUUCUGAGCAGCUUCAUCAGCAGCUAUCUGCCCGGGCUGGAGACCCAGCCAGCAGUGAUGGAGACCUGCCUCUACACGAACACUCCAGAUGAAGAUUUUAUCCUGGAUCGGCACCCCAAGUUCAGCAACAUCGUCAUUGGUGCCGGCUUCUCAGGCCAUGGGUUCAAGCUGGCGCCAGUGGUGGGGAAGUUGCUGUGUGAGCUGAGCCUGGGCGAGGAGCCAUCCUACAACAUGGCCCACUUUGCCAUCACUCGUUUCCCCGGUGUGCUUGGGGCUGCACAGUAGGUGUGGGGCUCCAGAAGUGCCCCCAUGGCAUCUCACUGGCCUGCAGCUGUGUCCCUGCAUCUCCCAGUGUCCUCACACCCAGUACACCUCCAUCUCCAUGUAUCUCCAUCUCCCUGCACCCUGGGGACUCCCAACAUGCUGCAUACCUCCAACCCCACACCCCAGAUACCCUGCAUUGCCACGUCCCCAUAUUCCACCAUCCCAGCACCUCUGCAUCCUUGCUUCCCCACACCCCUGCAUCCUGGUACCCUGCCUCCCCGCCUCACAGCAUCCCAGCAUCCCCCAUGCCACGCCGUGCCAAACCAUCUCUACCAAGCACCCACUCCUGGGGAACAAAUUAAGAAGCUUUGUCAGCCUCAUGAAGAUGGAGCAGGAGCAGCGCGGAGAGACACACUCGCUUAGGAGUCAAGUUAAAUGUUUUAAUGUUAAAUGUGCCAUUUUAUUAUCAUUAGAUCGCUCCCACUUAAUGAAA